UCUCUCUCUCUCUCUCUCUCUCUCUCUCUUUCUCGAAGAUAGUAUUUGUUGAUUUCCGAUCGUUGAAUUGGUAGGUCAACGGUUUCGGAAUUGGAUAGGUUUUGAAUUUUGAGAGCUCGGAUUUCGUCGUAGUUGCUGGUCUUGAGACGGUUUUGAUGGAGCCUCGCGUAGGUAAUAAGUUCCGACUCGGUCGGAAGAUCGGCAGCGGCUCAUUUGGAGAGAUCUAUCUCGGUACUAAUAUUCAGACAAACGAAGAAGUCGCUAUUAAGCUCGAAAAUGUGAAGACAAAGCAUCCUCAAUUGCUGUAUGAAUCAAAGUUGUACAAAAUCUUACAGGGAGGAACUGGAGUUCCGAAUGUCAGAUGGUUUGGUGUUGAAGGAGACUAUAACGUUCUUGUGAUGGAUUUACUGGGACCUAGUCUCGAAGACUUGUUUAACUUUUGUAGUAGGAAGUUAUCCUUAAAGACUGUUCUUAUGCUUGCUGAUCAGAUGAUCAAUCGGGUGGAAUUUUUUCACUCCAAGUCAUUCCUACAUCGAGAUAUUAAGCCAGACAAUUUCCUUAUGGGUUUAGGGAGGCGUGCAAAUCAGGUUUACAUUAUUGACUUUGGUCUGGCGAAGAAAUACAGAGACUCCUCAACCCAUCAACACAUUCCUUACAGGGAAAAUAAGAAUUUGACUGGUACUGCAAGAUAUGCAAGCAUGAAUACUCACCUUGGGAUUGAACAAAGCCGAAGAGAUGAUUUAGAAUCGCUUGGAUAUGUUCUUAUGUAUUUCUUAAGAGGAAGUCUCCCGUGGCAGGGGCUGAAAGCAGGGACAAAGAAACAGAAGUAUGAGAAGAUCAGUGAGAAGAAAGUUUCAACCUCUAUUGAGGCCUUGUGCAGGGGUUAUCCUACAGAAUUUGCAUCAUACUUCCAUUAUUGUCGAUCACUAAGGUUUGACGAUAAGCCAGAUUAUGCUUAUCUGAAGAGAAUCUUUCGUGAUCUUUUCAUUCGUGAAGGCUUUCAGUUUGAUUAUGUGUUUGAUUGGACUAUAUUGAAGUAUCAGCAAUCACAGCUUGCCAAUCCUCCUUCUCGAGCUCUUGCUGCUGGAACAAGUUCAGGGAUGCCUCAUGCAGUUACUAACAUUGAUAGACAUGCAGGGGGUGAGGAAGGUAGAGUUACUGGUUGGUCUGCGGCAAAUAUUUCUCGUAGUAGAAACUCCGGACUACCAGUAAAUGCUGGAAGCUUGUCUAAACAAAAAGGUCUGGUUGCAAAUGAUUCACCAACCUCCAAAGACCCUAAUUUAUCUAGCUCUAAUUUUCUGCGGUCAAGUGGAUCUUCAAGGCGACCUGCUGUCUCCAGUAGUCGUGACCCAGUGAUAUUUGGAACCGAAUCUGAUCCCUCCCGUGUCCGAACCACAGAUGUGAGCCCAGGGGCGCUGCAGAAAAUUUCUAGUGCUGCAAAAAGGAGUUCACCGGUUGUAUCCUCGGAUCAAAAGCGCGGCGCUUCUAUGAGAAACACCUCUAACAUAAAGAAUUUGGAAUCCGCUCUCAAGGGUAUCGAAGGCCUGAAUUUUAAUAGUGAUGAAAGGCUGCAUUAUUAACUCCUACGUUCUGAACACCCUCUCCCACUGUAAAUCUUGAAACGGGAUACCUCAUCAUCCUCUUGGGGUAAAUUUGUUGUGGGGUUUUUUUUUUUUGAAUCUUUCCCGGAAAGCGGCUGAGCUAAAAUUGUAGGUGGUUCAAGUCGGAGAAUAAUGCUCUGAAAACCACACGAUAAAAACAGAUCUAGUAGCAGCACUCCGGUUGAAACCAACUGUCCCCCCUUGGGUUUGGUCGAUACGGUCUUUGAUGAGUUAUUUUGGUGUUGUUCCACUGCUCUUCCUUCUGGGGUUUUUCUUUUGUUUUUGCUAUUUUCAAUGUGUAUGGUUCUAGCGACAUCAUAAGCCAUGUUGUGCGGGUUAUAUCCAAUGUAAACUGUAAUUAUUUGCAUUGUAUGGAAUUUUCUGGCUCUUCUGAUUACAAGACUUGGAAUUAAGAUUAUGAAGCUUAAGAUAAGCAUUUUCUUUU